GGGGCCUGCGCCAAGGGGGCGGGACGGGGCAAGGCGGGGCGGCGCUCUAGGCCGAGCAGGAGGUCGGGGCUGCGGGCGCUCGCUGGUGGCGGACCCGGAGGCUGCUGCGGCGCCGGGGCUCCAUUGCCGGGGUCGAAUCCGAUCGAAGGCCAUGAGCGUGGACAAGGCCGAGCUAUGCGGGUCUCUGCUCACCUGGUUGCAGUCGUUUCAUGUUCCACCUCCCUGUGCCAGCCCCCAGGACCUGAGCAGCGGCCUCGCCAUAGCCUAUGUGCUGAACCAGAUAGACCCCUCCUGGUUCAACGAGGCAUGGCUCCAGGGCAUCUCAGAAGACCCAGGUCCCAACUGGAAGCUGAAGGUCAGCAAUCUGAAGACGAUUUUACGGAGCCUGGUGGAAUAUUCCCAGGAUGUCCUGGGGCAUUCUCUGCCAGAAGAGCACCUGCCAGACGUGAGCCUCAUUGGCGAGUUCUCAGACCCUGCAGAGCUUGGCAGGCUGCUUCAGAUCGUGCUGGGCUGUGCCAUCAGUUGCGAGAAAAAGCAGGAACACAUCCAGAGAAUCAUGACGCUGGAGGAAUCAGUUCAGCAUGUGGUGAUGGAAGCCAUCCAGGAGGUGGGUGAGGGUGCCCAGUGUGGCAACUGA